GAUGCCCUUCUACAGAUUGCAAGGUCUACCAAACACCAAUCACAGCCAUGGGGAAGCUCUCUUUCUUCUCCAUUCUUUCCAUCCUCUCCAUCUCCAUAACCUUAUCCACAGUGCCACCGCCAACCGCUGCUCUGCCUCUCUCCACCAGCUCACGGUGGAUCGUGGACGAGAACGGCCAAAGAGUGAAGCUAGCAUGCGUUAACUGGGUGUCGCAUCUGGAGGCGGUGGUGGCUGAGGGGCUGAGCAAACAACCAAUGGACGAGAUUGCGAAGAAGAUAUUGUCAAUGGGAUUCAAUUGUGUGAGACUGACUUGGCCGCUGUUCUUGGUCACCAAUGAUAGCUAUGCUUCUGUUACAGUGAGACAAUCUUUUCAAGGACUUGGUUUGGUUGAAUCCAUUUCUGGUAUACUGGCUAAUAAUCCCUCCAUCGUUGAUCUUCCUCUCAUCAAGGCUUACCAGGCAGUGGUGUCUAGUCUUGGAGACAAUAAUGUGAUGGUGAUACUAGACAAUCACGUAAGCAAGCCUGGCUGGUGUUGCAGUAACUUCGACGGCAAUGGCUUCUUCGGCGACACCUACUUCAAUCCAGAUCAAUGGAUCAAGGGCUUAACCCAAAUGGCCACCAUUUUCAAUGGUGUCCCUAAUGUUGUCGGCAUGAGCCUCAGGAAUGAGCUUCGAGGCCAGAAACAGAAUGUAAACGACUGGUACAGGUACAUGGAAAAAGGAGCUGAAGCAGUGCAUUCAGCAAACCCAGAUGUCCUUGUGAUUCUAUCUGGGUUAAGCUACGACACAGACUUGUCAUUCCUGCGCAGCCGUCCGGUGAACUUGACGUUCACCGGAAAAGUAGUGUUUGAAGUACAUUGGUAUGGGUUUUCAGAUGGGCAGGCAUGGAAAAAUGGGAACCCCAAUCAAGUGUGUGGAAGAGUGGUGAAUAAUUUGAUGAGAAAAUCAGGAUUUUUGUUAGAUCAAGGGUGGCCAUUGUUUCUGAGCGAAUUUGGAGUGGAUCAAAGAGGCACAAAUGUGAAUGAUAAUAGGUACUUGGGUUGCUUUCUGGGUGUGGCAGCUGAACUUGACUUGGAUUGGGCUUUGUGGACACUUGUUGGCAGCUAUUAUCUAAGGGAAGGUGUGGUGGGGUUGAAUGAAUUCUAUGGGUUGUUGAAUUGGAACUGGUGUGAUAUCAGGAAUUCAAGCUUCUUGCAGCAAAUAUCUGCCCUCCAAUCUCCUUUCCAAGGACCAGGUCUGUCAGAUGCUAACUCACACAAAGUGAUUUUCCACUCAGCAACAGGUCUCUGUGUCAUAAGGAAAUCAUUGAUGGAGCCAUUGAGGUUGGGGUCCUGCACUGAUUCUGAAGCUUGGAGAUACACACCCCAGAAGACUUUAUCCAUUAAGGGGACAUAUUUCUGCUUACAAGCAGAUGAUUUGGGCAAACCAGCAAAGCUUGGAGUGAUUUGCACAGACAGUAGUUCAAAAUGGGAUAUUAUCUCAGAUUCUAACAUGCAUCUUUCGUCUAAGAUUGCCAAUGGCACAACAGCUUGCCUAGAUGUGGACUUCAACAACAACAUUGUUGUAAAUACUUGCAAGUGUUUGAGUAGAGAUAAUACCUGCGACCCAGGAAGCCAAUGGUUCAAAUUGGUGAACAGUACAAGAAGCUCAACCAUGGGAGCAAAACCCUCUAGUUUAAUGAGUUCAAUCUUUGAUUUAGAGUCACCAGUGAAAGAUGUUUUGGGCUUAGCAUGACAGAAUCAGACAAGGGAUCAAACAGAUGAACAGUACAAAUAUUCAUCAAUAUGUACACAGAUAUUUAAAAGCAGCAUAAAAGGCAAUGAUUGGAAACUUGUAAGAUUGUGUCGUGUAUCCAAAGAAACAUUUCAAUGGCUAAAGCUUGAACUUCAGGCUUGAA